UGUCGUUUCUCUUGCAAGACGAGCGACGAUGGAAGCGGAGGUGCAGGCAGUGGAGCAGGCUGUGUACCAGCUGUACCACAACCCUGACCCGGCCAUGAAAGCCUCGGCCGAGGAGUGGUUGCGAACAACGGCUGCUACAGAGGCGAGCUGGGAGGCGACGUGGGCACUGCUGCAGGAGGAUCGGGCGUUCGAGACCAGAUACUACGCUGCCAUUCUCUUGGCAACAAAGAUCCAGCGAACGUGGAAGAGCUUGGACGAAAGCAGCAAGCGAGCACUGGCAGAGCAGUUGAUCGACCUGGCCGCCAACCUCUUCUCAGCAUCGCGAUCCCUGUUCAUUCGGUGCUGCAACACGCUGUGCUCCCUCAUCCUCAAGGCCGUCCCGGAGCACUUGCCCCAGUUUGAAACCACCAUCUAUGAGCGGUUCAUGGAGCUUGAAAAGACGAUUGGGCCAAGCCAAGGCACCCUGGCGUACCUCAUCCUCUUCAAGAUUCUCGGGGAGGAGUACACGACGCGAUUCCUGUCUACGGCCCGCCGCCGUUACGUCGACGUUGAGAUGCAGCGUGCAAAGCAGCAGGUGAUGGAGGUGUGCUGGACUGCGCUCAACCAAUACGACAACGAAGAAGUCGCUGCUGCCGGUCUCGAAUGCGCAACAAGCUGGACCUUUUGCUUUCCAAACUGGGAUCUCUCGCUGAAGAUUGCACAAAAAGCAUUCGAAUACUUGCAGUAUCCUCAGCUGACGGCGGCCGCCGUUGAACUGAUCUUGGAGGUCACGCAUCUGGACCCAGCUUACAAGUCGCCGUCCAUCGUUCUUGAGAUCGCCACGCUCGUCAGCAACAGCCAGUCCGCUUUUGCCCAGGCGCUCGAGAACGGCGAGGAAGACGUUGUCCGUGCGCUGACGCGGCUUGCAACAGUGUUUGGACAGCGUCACAUGUUCCGCAUUGCAAACGACAGGGCCGUGCUGCAGGCGUAUGUCGAGUACAUGCUCGCCAUCACAAGCAUACCAGGCCAGGUUCCACGGGACGAGACAACCUCCCACGAGACCUUCACUUUCUGGAACGACUUCAUCGACUACAUUGUGGACACCGAGCCCCAGCAACACCAAGCGCUUGUGCAGCAGUACGAGGCGACGCUACUUCGCUUCAUGGAGGCAGUCAUCAUCAAGGCAUCCCACCCGCCGGCAACAGAACCGCCACUCGCUCAGGAUGAAGUGACGGAUUUGCGCGCGUACCGGGCUGACAUGGGCGAUGUCAUCUCCUAUCUCUGCACAAUGCUCAAGAACGACUGCCUGCUGUAUCAGCAUCAGCUUCUGGAGGCGGCAAUCGCAGACGAAUCUUUGGAGCGUGCGGAGAGCACGGUGUUCUUCUUUGGGUGCGCGGCGGAGAUGAUGGAAGGUCACGUGCAGGCGCCGAACAGCUUCAUCAACACGCUCGCCUCCUUCCAGCCAGGCUACUAUGAGCUGGACAAGACGUGCAUGCUUGCCCUGGGCAACUGCGCAGACUGGCUUGCCUGUAACGCAUCUCGCCUUCCAGACGUCUUCGAAAUCAUCCGAAACAGGAUGGGAGAAGCACAACUGCUUCCGCUCGCUGCCAGUAGCAUCAAGGCAAUCGCAAGAGGCUGCGAUGUGCAUCUGGCGGAUUAUCUGGACCAAGUGCUCGGUGUCGCGCUUCCAGUCAUUGAUGGCGACGCCCCAGCGGAGGCGAAGCGGGCACUAGCGGAGUCGGUGUGCUUUGCGCUACGAAAAGCGCCUGUGGAGACAGUCGCUGUUGUCACGCCACAGAUCUACGAGCCAUCGUUCCUCGUCAUGGACCAGUGCCUGGCUGCCGGGACGGAGCAAGCGCGCGUGCUGUUGGGCGAACACCUCUUGAUUAUCAACCGCAUCGUCCGCGGCCUCAGCCCAGAGAAUCUCGGGGAACUGCCCCACCCGGCACUGCCACUCAUGGAGGGUGCAAUGCAGCGCUUCACAAAGGCCGUCGCCGUGUUCCAGGCAGACGUGGAGACAGCACAGCGCGUGUGCACGUGCAUUUCCAGCGCUGUGCUGACCCUGGACCACGCAUUUGACGUGCUCCUUCCAUCCGUUGUUCCUUUCCUUCUUCGCGAGUAUGAAACAACCCGGAUCCCGAGUUAUGUCAGCGCCCUCACGGAUGUGAUUCUGCUAUUUCACGACCACCACGACCAGCAGCAGCUCUUUCAGGAAGCCGUGCACCAGUGCUUCACUGUCGCCGCAGCGUGCAUGCAGAACUACUCUCAGGCGGACCCAGAGUCCAUCAGCGUAUUCUUCAGGCUCGUGUUCAAAGUUGGCCGCAGCUGCCCCAACAGCAUGUUCUACUCGUCCACUACCGUCUCGGAGCUUAUUGAUUGUCUCAUUCUCGCCCUCACCGUGAACGAGCUGAUUGUUGUGCGGGAAGCCGGCAAUGCCCUGCGCGUCAUGUUUGAGAAGACGGGCCACAACGCCAUCUUGGAGGAGGUGAUGCCAACAAGCCUUGCGCGCAUUGUAUCGACAUGCGUGCAGCUGCUUGCCUCCGGAUGUCCCAAGAUGAACCAGACAGUCUUCAUCGACGUCCUCGCUGACGUCAAUGUGCACUUCGUGGAAGCGUUUGGACAGCUUAUGCUCCAGUCUUUGGCAGAGGAGUCGGUGCCAAUUGAUGCAAUGCAAGCGGAGCUGAUGGUGCAGCAGCUGCAACGAAGCCGUGUGAGGAAGACGCGGUUCAAACAGACGAUGCUGACGUUCGUGAAGAUGUGCGCAGAAGCGCGUUCCGAAGUCAUUGUCUUGGACUGAUCCAUUGCACAUGUGCAUGUGUGUGCAAUGUCAACUUUUGGUGGCCGCCUUGUUGUCUAUUCUAGUUGUGACAGAGACCAGGGAGGGGGUGGGGCGUGUGACGUUGUGCUUGAAUGUGCUUGGCAUGCAAGCAAGGGCCAGACUUCGCGAACGAAAAAAAAUUACAGAUGUAAGCGAAAACACA